CUGGGCCAGCACUUUUUAAAAUCCGACGAUGCCGCCAGGCGCAUAGUCGAUGCCGCAGGCAUAACGGACCAGGACACGGUGCUGGAGAUAGGGCCCGGCAGGGGGGAGCUCACAGGCCACAUCUGCAGGCGCGCAAAAAAGGUGACCGCAGUGGAGCUGGACCGCUACCUGUACAUGUGCCUGAAGAGCAAGCCAAACCCCGGCAACCUGGACCUUGUCUGCGGGGACGGGUUCUCUGAUGAUGCAUCAUUUGACAUACUCGUCUCGGCCCUGCCCUACUCACAGAGCCGCAGGGCUGUGGAGUGGCUCUCCCGACAGGAGUUCUCCAAGGCCAUCAUCAUGGUUCAGCAGGAGUUUGCCGACAAGCUGACCGCCAAGGACCGGGACCGCCGGGCCAUCUCAGUUCUGGCCUCUUGGGCCUUUGACAUGGAGGCCCUGCACAGCGUCCCCGGGGACGGGUUCGAACCGCCGCCGGAGGUGGACUCUGUGGUACUCAGGGUCACGCAGAGGAACCGCGCCACCCGGGACAUGGUAUCUGCCAUCAACCGACUGUUCUCGCACAGGAGAAAGACGGUGCGGAACAUCCUGAAGGAGUUUGGCGUCGAGUAUGAGGGCAGCCAGAGGCUUGACGAGCUUACCGACGAGGAGAUAGUCAGGAUUGCAGAGACGAUCAGGUGA